CUUUGGUCUGCGUGUAGGCGGUGAAUUGUUGGCAAUCAAGUUGUGUGUUGUGCUGGGUGUCAUGAUCUGAAGGUUAGGUGACUGCUUACGUUACAAGAAAGUGACGACAUGGAUCCGUCAAAGCAGUCUCUGCUUGACAUCGACAUAGAUUCAAGAUUGCCGGAUGCACAGUUACAAUUUCAAGAGUUUCCAGCUGUCGUUCCUGAGGGAGCGGCGGAGUUGACAGUGUCCCAGACAAUGACGUUUAAUCAUUCCCCAGAUACACCCGGUUCUGAUGUUGAAGGAACAGUGGACUCGCAUUUGUUAAGUGAAAGUGAAUCAGGAGCUGGUCAGAAGCCUAGACCAUCAUUUUGGACAUUUGAAUUUUACCAACAGUUAUGGGAUGUUGAUACGAACAACGUCGUGGAUCGUAUUUUGUGGUCCAUUAUACCGAGGCCUAGCAUAAAUUAUUUGCAGCAUCAUAUUAAACCAAAGCCGGAUCUCUAUGGCCCGUUCUGGAUAUGUGUAACCCUAGUGUUUGCUACUGCUAUAAGUGGAAAUUUAUUUGAUUACCUUCAUUCUCGAGGUGUUGGUAAAUGGAGGUAUGAUUUUCAUAUGGUAACAUAUGCGGCAACAGCAGUAUUUGGCUACGCAUGGGCUGCACCGGCAGCCUUGUGGGCACUUGCAAGAUGGAGAGGUUCAUCAGGUGGAGUUAGCUUCCUUGAAUUGACAUGUGUAUAUGGAUACUCACUGGCAGUAUUUGUACCACUAUCACUGGGCCUGGUAGGGGCAGCAGCAUGGCCAUGGCUGAGGUGGUCACUGGCAUUGAUUGGGGCAGCUUUGUCAUCACGAGCCCUGCUGUCAGCAGCAUGGCCAGCAUCUGCUGGAACACGACCCCGUGCUCUUCUGCCGGCUCUUGCAGUCGGCCUACAUGCUCUUCUAGCAGUAGUAUUUGUAUUGUGUUUCUUUCAUGGAUCCUCAACACCCUACACUUCUGUUUCCAGUAAUAUUUCAUCAUCCAUUGAUUCUCUGCCUAAGGCCAAACAAGAAACUGCAGCACACUCUGGGUGAGUGCUUUACAACAUUAAUGUAUCUCCUGUUCACACACUGUAUAAGUUACAUCUGUGUUUUUGAACACUGCAUAUUUUUCCGAGUGAACGCUGGAUAUUUUUCCGAGGUAUGGAGAGUGUAAGCUGCAUUUAUGUAAAGUCUUUCUAUGUUGUAAUGUGUAAGCACAAAAUUAUUGUCAAAUUAUGUUCUGUAUCAAUAUCUGUUGUAAAAAAAUAAAGAACAAAA